AUGAACCCUGUGAGCCAUGUUGCACGAAUCCUUCGAUGCUGGCUUCCACGCUCAGGCUCUUCGAGGUACAAGCGGUUGCUUUGGAGGCCAGAAUUUCCGUCUGACCUGCCACCUGCGCUCCGGCAGAAUGCCGCCAUCCUUCGCCAUGCGGCGCCCGAGGUCUCCCCGCACAAAGCCGUGUUCACCAUACAUGCUUCCCAGAGAAUCUGGGAGAUUGCUUUGGAUCUAUGUGCACGGGGAGCAGUUAAUGACUUAGCUGCCAACAUCAUCUACAGAGCUCUGGCAGCGCUGGACUGCACAGACUGGAACGAGUACAGACGAAGACAGGAAGAAUUCCGGCAAGACUUGUUCACAGCGUGCUCCAAUCUCUUUGAGGUGCAUCAUGUGCAUUCAGGUGCAGAGUGCAUCUUCGGAGUCUUAAACGAGACCACGAUGAGGUCCAUCUCACCUGUAAUGAAGACCCCCAAGCGCCAAAAGCUUCGCGAUCUUGUGGUGGACAUCAUUGAGGAGUGGGUGCUGCUGCACCAGGACUCCUUCAGCCGCAUCAAUGGUAGCAAGCUCCUGGACGUGGUCGGCCCUGCUGCCUUCAUCCAGCUCAUUCCACGGUUUGGCAUCAGCCCGAGAAGCCUCACGCCAGACGAUCUGGAGGUGCUCUUCUACCACUUGGCCGAGGAGGCCCGGGACCUCUUUGGCGUGAUCCGCAUCGGGCUCUCGUUCUUGCCCGUGGAGUCACUGAACGACUCUCUUGGAGGAUCCAGCUGGUCCCUGAGGAGGGUGCUGAAAGUCAUAGAGGGCAGGCAAAGUGAGCACGGACUUCGAUUCUUCCUGGCUCAUCUUGAGCCGAUCUCCUUGCUCUUGCAGGCGCUCGCAGCUCUACGGGAGCGAGACUUGGACACAGGCCUGUCGCGCAACCCCUGGUCCUACUCAACCAGCCUCGUUGUGGAGGCCGAUGUUCGCUCUGGCAAGCCACUCCUGCCGAAGCUGCCGCACAUCUGGCCGAUGCGACCUCCUCCUCUGCUGCCUCCUCCCAGCAAGGCUCCGAUCGACGAGGACGAAGAGAUACCCCGGAAGCAGAGGAUGUGGCUGACAGAUGGGGAGCUGAUGCCUUUGUCUAUUUCACGCCGACGACCCAAGCCUCUGGCAGGGCUGGCUCCGCCCUCUCGCAUGCGCGAUACUUCCUGGCCGCAGCUGGCCUUCGAUCCGGUUGAUGCCUUGUCCGAGGAUUCGGGUGAGAGGAGCCACGUGAGUGUGAAUGCUUACAGCAUUUUGGCCGGAGAGGCGGAUGAAGAU